UAAGCAACAGGUUGGUUGGAGCCCCUCGCGGACGCCUCGUGCCUGCAGUCCUCUCCUCACCCAGCCGGGGCGCGUGCUGGCACUGUACGUCCCCGUGUCCUCGCACAGGCAGCAGCACAAGGAGCUCGAGAGGCUGCACUGCUGCACGAGACUACUGCAGCAUACGGCUCGUGCUUCACAACGCAUUUUAUAAAUUAUCGGCCAAAAAAUAACUAAAGAUUUAAAAAAAAAAGACGGAGUAAACGGACAGUCGAGCAGCAAACAAACGUCUUUUAGGUGAAAGUAGUGUGGUGGCCAACAGUCCUGCCUUUUUUUCCUCCAUCCUCUCUCUCUCCUGUCCCUUCUUCAUCCUCCUCUCACUCACUCACUCACUCACUCUGUAUCUCACUCACUCACUCUGUAUCUCACUCACUCACUCUGUAUCUCACUCUCGCUCUCACUCUCUCUGUCUCUGUGAUGCCGGGCUGUGGGUGAGUGUAUGCCCGUGACCAGACUGAAACUGGGGAAGCUAAAGGUGGUGCGGCGGCAGCUGCUGCAAAGGUAUGAACACCAGCCAUUUGUCUCCUGCCUGGCCGGCCUCUAUGGUUGCCAAUGGAGACGAUAUCAAAGAGCCCGGGCACAGCCAGGAGAGUGCUGCUGCAGCAAGGUGGAGUGUGGCAGCUUCGGCCUCCUGAUCCUCACCUUCUUCCUGAGUUUUUUAUUCCUCUAUUUCUGGAGUGAAGCUCAGAACGACUACAUAGACUUUGACUGGUUUAACUUUGGGACUCUGGGUUUCUGGUUUCCCUGGUCUCUGGUCCUGCUGGUCGUUGCUGCUGCUCUCUUCACAUACAUUGCCCUACUACUGGUGCUGGCGGUGUGUCUGCUUUCUGAGGGUCAGAGGCUGUACCUUCACUGGAGCCACAAGACUGGCAUCAUGGUGUCAUUGGCGUUCUCCGUCACAGCCACCGCCAUCCUGUCUGACCUCUGGAGCAAAGAAUGGAAGACUCUCCUUCUCUCCCUGCAGGUGACAGCACCUUUCCUCCAUGUGGCUGCAGUCUCACUAAUGGCGAUUCUCUCCUGGCCAAUAGCGUUGCACUUCUUCCGCAUGAACAAGAAAGUGCGUCAGGUGGCUGUCCUGGGUCUCUACCUGUCCAUGCUCUUCUCUCUGUACCUGGUCCCGUUGGGAAUGUACUCACCCUGCAUUAAAGACGUAGGAACGCUGGGACCCGCCCCAACACUCAUUGGACACAGAGGAGCUCCAAUGCUUGCUCCAGAGAAUACUGUGAUGUCGUUUGAGAAGGCAGUGGAAGCUGGAGGCGAAGGACUGGAGACCGACGUCACCAUAAGUUAUGAUGGUGUUCCCUUCCUGAUGCAUGACUCCACUCUGAGGAGAACCACUAACGUCGCUGAGGUUUUCCCAAAUCGAACACACCUCGAUGCCUCCAUGUUUACCUGGGCUGAGCUACAGCAGCUGAAUGCUGGCGACUGGUUCUUAUCGAGGGAUCCCUUUGGUACUGUGUCGUCCCUGUCUGAGGCAGACUGCUCCCAGGCCCAGAACCAGUCUGUUCCCUCACUGGCCCAGUUCCUGGAGCUAGCGGCCCGUAGCAGCAGACUAGUGCUGUUGGACCUGCGCAGGCCACCGCACGGACAUCCCUACAGUCAGUCAUACAUCAACACCACUCUGCAGGUGGUGCAGGCCCACAUCAACUCCUCACAGGUGCUGUGGCUGCCAUCUGAGGACAGGGAGCUGGUCCAGGCUGUGGACCCAGAGCUGCAGCAGACCUCUGGAGAAAAGGCUUCUAUUCAGGAACUGACAGACAGCCACAUCACCAGACUGAACCUGCACUACAGCACCAUGUCACAACAACAGAUCAGUAAGUACCAGUCCGUGAACAUCAGUACUAACCUGUAUGUGAUCAGUCAGCCGUGGCUCUACACUCUAGCCUGGUGUGCUGGAGCUCACUCAGUAACCACCAACUCCGUCCACAUCCUGUCCAACAUCAACAAGCCGCUUUUCCUCAUGACUCCAGAGGAAUAUACUUUAAUGUGGAUUCUGACUGAUGCUGUGUCUGCCUUCCUCAUCAUUGCAGUUUUCAUAUUCCAUUGGUGGAGAGAGAGAGGCCUGCCCUUCUGGUCCGGCAGCCGUCAGACUCACGAGAAUGGACCGUAUAGCAAGUUCAGGACAGACUCUUCAGAGGUCAUCUGUGUUCGCUGGAGCCCCCUCCACUCUGACCCCCCUACUGGAACCCUCGUCUCCCUCCCCUUGGUCUUCAACCCAUGACCCCCUGCAUGUCAGCACUGCAUGUCAGCCCUUCAGGAACCUUAGCUGAGUGACGUGUGGUCCAUCUCCAGCAUCAACGUCCGGCCUGACCUACGGAGCAUGCCCAGUUCACCCAGUACCCCUCACCUGCCCACCAUCACAGAGGAGUGACUGGGGGAGAGACAGAGAAUGAGAGAGAGAGCCCCUGAAAUCUUGGUUUCAAAUUUUAAAAAGUAUUUGUCAAUAACGUUCAAAUUUUAACAAUCAAAUUUGGAUUAAAAAAUAUUCUUAAUUAUUGUUUAUUAAAGAAUUUAAUAAUCAAAAACUAGAUGUGUAAACAUAUUUCGAUUCAAAUUUUUCUAAAUUUGUGACGACACCUUUUUCCAACUAAGCCCUGCCCCACUUCAAACCAGUGAGAAAAACACACUGCAGAAAUCAUUCCUGUGAAACAACAAAAACGUAUUUGUCUUUGGCAGGAAAUUGUGUGUUCAAGUAGGACCUCAUCACUCAUAAUAAGAAGCUGAUUGAGAAAAUGUGUUUUCAGGGCCUUUUAAAUAAAAGAGAAAAGAUAAUGGAGAGAGACAGCAAACUCUCUUGUCUUUCUGCACUUCCUCUCUCAUCCUCUCAGUCUGUGGGCUGACUGCCUGCAGGAACUGAACUGCUGAACCAAACCUCAUUCACUGACCUGCCAUCAGGGAUGGAGCAGAGAGACUCUGGACACGAGCCCAGGAGCACCAGUGUUCAUUUCCAUACUGUAAUCUCAUAGAUGCCAUCCAAAUGCCUGGGCAGUGAGGACAGUUAAACACUAGCCCAGAGGCUGACAUGCUUGAGAACAGUUUCAUCUCUGGUCAUUCAACAUCACCAGCUGAUACCAACAACGCAAGACUUUAAAGAAACUAAACCUCACAAAAGAAAGAAGAAAACAAUGAAUAUAUACUGCUGUAGUAAUACAUGAGUCACUUUCACUCUUUCCACCUCGUGUUUCUAGAAAAACCAAAUGUUUGUCAAAGGAAAAGCAGCAGAGCGGAGGUGAAGCUCUGAGUGAGUGAAAGCUGAUGAUGAUGAAAAUUGAAACUUCGGAGCAGGAGACAUCUGGACGAUGAUAAAACGGAGUAUCUUCUGUAGAAGCUUUGCUUUUUCAUUUUCAGCUGUACAGAUAUCAGGUGCAUUAGACCAAACCUUAAAUCAUGUCUUAAAAUUGAAUCUCUGUGUCUGAGUUGUUGGAUGCAGUGUAUGAACUGUACACUGUUGGACUGACAGAAUGAAUGUAAACCCGAAGAUUGAGAAGGUAUUGUUAGCUACUAUUUAUAUUUUGUGCUAAAGUGAAUGUAUUAUGAAGCAGGGCCAUGUUUCUCAAAAACAUAUGAGGAAUGUUUUGGCUGGGAGUCAUUUCAGUUUGGCUACAGAUUUGUGCCAAAUGUGGUAUCAGCUGCUCUAAAUAACGAUAAAGAUGCUUUUGAGAAACCAGACCUUGUACUCUUUUUGCGAGGCAGUGAAUACAGCAUCUGCUUUUUCCUCAAAUAUACAAAUAUACGCACACAGUACCGUAUGACUAUAUAGUCCGUCUUUGCUAUGUUGUCAUAACUCAAACUGAGAUCUGAAAUCUAGAGUGUCUUGUCUCAACUUUUCAGGUGUGAAAUCCAUGAGGUUAGGGGCCUUGAAUUUACGGAGGGGUGUUGGAGAUGAAGCAGGUCCUGCAGUAAGUGCCAUUUUAUAAAAAAGGCUAAGGCUUUGUUUUCAAUGUUUAAAACAGAAUCACUUUAUUCAUUCAGCACAGUAAAUACGCAGGAAUUUAUUUAAAUAUUAUAUAUUGAAUAGUUUCUGACAAAUCUCUUUGAAUGCACAUCCUUGCAGGUAUCUAUUGCAAGGAAUCAGUGUAACACAGUUCAGUCUGAAUCCAUGUGCACAUGAUUUUAUCCAACUAGCCUUUCAUUUAGCAUUUAAUCUCCCAUUCUUAGACUUUGAUAAAUAUUGGACUUGGAUUUGUUUGGAUUAUGGCCGUUGGUGUCAAGUAGACUUGAGGUUGCCAUGUCUCUGUCUUUGUGUGUCCUGUACCACCCUUCAGUCUCAGGCCUGGUUGUGGUCUGUCUGACUGAAGUUUCUGGACUAUUUAUUUAGUCUUAAAGAACUUUAAGGCAACACGAGACCUCUGAAUGAGUUUGUGGUCAAUGCAUUCCUCAGUCCUGAAGUCAGAAAAAAAUUAAACUCUGCUAAUACGACCUAGAACUAAAGUUAAGUCAUUACAGUGCAGAAUCACAUGGCUGUCUAAGACUGCAAAUGCAACCAAGCAACGUAAUGUACUGUACUGUAUUGUAAUAUGAAUAAGUGGUCACACUUAUGUUUAACUGUAUUUGUGUUCCCGUUGAGAAUGUAGUAGCUGAUCUGUUGGGUAGGCUAAGCAUUUUAGCUACAGUUAUCAAUCACGGCACAGCCAUAUUUAUUCUAUUGAAUAUGAUGUUUCCCACCAUAAGACCGUUCGUUUUAAGUGAGCGAGUCUGGUGAAAAUGCAGCACUGCACUGGCUCUGCUUUGGAGAAGCAUUGCAUGUGUUGGAUUUAUCCAACUUUUGUUUUAUAGAUGCUUUCUUAAUGUGAUACUGCACCCAAAAUGUAUCUUGUUAGUAGCACAGCUCAGCUCAUGUAGACUUAAAUGGUGUCUGUAAAGAGAUGUCUAAUGGUGAUUCAAGUGGUUUUCAGUUGCAAACAAUAUCCGUAGAAACUUCUGUAUUUCCCAAAACACAGUCAGAUAAAAGGGUAGCUCUCCAGAGGUCAAAAACUGCAGGCUCUGAUGAAAGCUUCAUAGCAGAUGUGUCAGCAUAAUAAUUGUAAAUAAAAUCCACCCAAAUGAUCAACACAUAAGGUGUUUCUUUUGCUGUUUUUGACCUCUGUCGUGCUGCCUUUUUUCCUGACUUCAAUUUGGGGAAAUACAGACAAUGCUGUUUUUUAAGGCAGAGCACCCAACUGAAGUUCAGUGUAGGAAAAGUGCACCUGCUUCCUCCUAUGAAUUCAUAGAAAUUUCUCAGCCCACUGCAGUAUAAUCCACUUCUCCACUAUAUUUAAGACAAACAUCCAGUUCAGUUAUGGCUGUAUUACAUUAUUUUCACAUGCAGGUGACCCUUGCAUGCUGCUCUGCACGUUAUUUCAGUAAAGAUAAUACAAGCAAACUGAAAUUAGUGCGAUCAAACCACAAAGAAGAUCUAGAAGAAAAAAACACAAGGACAAUUGGUGAUACUCAGAGGAAACAGAUGCUAAGGACACCAGAUACAUUGUCAGGCCCACAGGCUGUUAUAUAAACUCUGGAGGCAAACAGCUUUUCAUUGUUUAAUCUCAGCCACCUUCACUCCAGACUGGUGAACAAAAUGACUUGAAACUAUUUUCUUGGUUGCAAAGGCUUUGAUGAUCUCUUUCUCAUUUUCUGACCCAGUCAUCUGUACAAUAUACCUGCUUUGCUGUCUUGAUGUCUGCAGGAGUCCGGUGUAGAUCAAAAUGUAUGUUCAAGGUCAGUAUCAUGUAAUGGAUUUAUUACACGGAGCUAUGAAUUUCGCUCCACUAGUAGAAGUUCUCCAUAUCAAAGCUUUGUUUUAGAUUUGGCUCCAUCAGUGGUGUGAUUUAGAAUCCAUCUGUUUGAUACUGGAAGGGGGACUUGCCCUGACUGGAACCUUUUCAACACUUACGUUUCAUGUGAUUGGCUUAUACACUGAGACAUAUUGUCACACUUUGUCCUUAAAUGUGACUUGCAUUAUGAUCCUGAUUAUGGAUAAACAAAAAAAGUGUGAAGAGAUGCCCAAUGUAAGAGACAUUUUCAGGCAGUGUGGACAUAAAACAUUGGAUCUCUUAAAAUCAGAUCUUCUGAAUUAGAAAAUCACUGAAAAGAUGAGUGCGAGCAUCAACUGUCAACAUCUCUAAAAGUGUAUAAACGCUCAACAUUGUCUUUGAAUAAUGAACUGCAGUACUUGGUGCUGAGGAAAAGUAACCUAAGGUAUAGAAUAACAUUAUAAUAUGGGUAUAAUAGUCCAGAUGCCAUUCCUUCAAAUGGUUAAAUCUACGUAGCAUUUUACAUCUCGUACUGUACUGAACAGCAAUUUUUAUUUUAUAGAAGCGUUCCCAAUUUUUGGUUUCUUUUUUUUUUUUUUUUUACUGUAACUUUUCUGAUUGUAAAUGCUACUGUCAUCUGGUAUUAAAACAUUAGGAAAAAGA